AUGAACUUCUUCACGUUCUUCGUCACUCUUGUUGUUGCUGCCUUCGCUACCCUCGUUGCGGCAGACACACUCCAGUACGACACUGCUUACGACGAUGCAAGCGCCUCGCUGAGCACUGUCGCCUGCUCUGAUGGCUCUAACGGACUCCUCACCAGAGGGUUUCCGACUUUUGGUUCGCUUCCUUCGUUCCCAAACAUCGGUGCUUUUGGUGCCGUAGAAGGAUGGAACUCGGCAAAUUGUGGAACAUGCUGGCAAGUCACGUACUCCUCCAAUGGCGUCUCCACAACUGUGAAUGUGCUUGCCGUGGAUCAUGCUGGAGAUGGCUUGAUCAAUGUUUCGGAAGAGGCCAUGAACACUUUGACGAAUGGGAAUGCUGUCGCGCUUGGGGCAGUCACAGUCACUUCGGUGCAAGUCGAUUCCUCUGCUUGCGGAUUGUGA